AUGGAUCCAACUAGUAUUGCUUCCCUUGCCAAUUUCAUCAAAAACAUUUAUGGGAAGCUCGAUAUUUUGUUUGAAAAUUCAUCUAUAAAUAAAAUACCUGCCUUUUAUUUCCCUUCUAAAAAUUUUAUGCAGCAACAUAGCAUUAUAUACCAAGAAACUAUAUUCUCUCUGUAUACAAUGUUUCAGAUGAGGCUGCAGCCAAAUACAGUAUUAUCGAAAUACAUAAUUCUGAUUGCAUGCCUACUGAAUUGGGCAUGGGAUUACCUUCUUCCCCAGUCAUCCUCCUUUCAGCCUCGUGAAAUAGUUGAAUUACCAGACUACGUUGAUGACCUUACCGUAACCCGUUACGAAAAUAAUAACAAUGCAAAGUGUGAAGAUUCGUCAACAGAGUGUAUUGUUUGCUUAUGCAGAAUUGGUGAAGGGGAUGAAGUUAAAGAGCUGGGAUGCAACCAUCUUUAUCAUAGAGUUUGCUUAGAUCGGUGGGUACGACAUGGACACAGGACAUGUCCACUCUGCCGGGAAAACUUAAAGCCACCGGUACCGCAACUGUCUAAAUUGAUAUGUAUUUUCAAUAUUAUUCAACAUUCCAUAUGCAAAAAUGCGUCAAAUCAGUUAAAACCUCAAUUUGAAGGGAUAAAAAAGCAAAAGGAAGUGAUUUGGAGCGUUAAGUGA